CUUUCAAAUGUCAAAUUGAUGUCAAAGCAUAGUCGUAGUAAGAAGUUUAACAUUUAAGUAAAUUGGUUAAAAGAAAAAUAUCGAUAAUGUUUCGAGUUAUAAAAAAAUUUUCGCCGCUUGUAUCUAAAAAUUUCUUACAAAGAUGCCCCCAAAAACAAGACACAGUUUUUUUGUUUAUUCAAGGCAAUCGUUUCUUAUCAAAUUCAGUUUCUGAAAAAUUUGCUGUUAAGCACGUGGAUGUCGGUCGGGCAAUUUAUUUUGACGCACAAGCAACGACACCGGUUGACCCAAGAGUACUAGAUGCAAUGCUACCGUAUUUAGUCGGUUAUUAUGGUAACCCACAUUCUCGUACUCAUGCUUAUGGAUGGGAAAGUGAAGCAGGAGUUGAAAAAGCAAGAGAACAAGUGGCUAACCUUAUUGGCGCUGAUCCCAAAGAAAUAGUAUUUACCUCUGGAGCCACGGAAUCUAAUAACAUAUCUGUUAAAGGUGUAGCUCACUUCUAUGCUCCAAGAAAAAAGCAUAUUGUAACAACACAAAUUGAACAUAAAUGCGUACUUGACUCCUGUCGAGCGUUAGAAGGAGAAGGAUUCAAAAUAACUUAUUUACCAGUUGGUCAAAAUGGCAUUAUAAGCUUGAAGGAACUUGAGGAAGCACUAACACCUGAAACGAGCUUGGUUUCAAUAAUGACAAUUAAUAAUGAAAUUGGUGUCAAACAACCAAUUGCUGAAAUUGGAGCAAUAUGUAAGAAGAAAAAAAUAUUUUUCCAUACUGAUGCUGCACAAGCUGUUGGUAAAAUACCUUUAGAUGUAAACAGUAUGAAUAUUGAUCUCAUGUCAAUAUCAGGCCAUAAAAUUUACGGACCAAAAGGUGUUGGAGCUUUAUAUAUAAGGCGUAGACCAAGAGUUCGAGUAGAACCUCUUCAAAGUGGUGGAGGUCAGGAGAGAGGAAUGAGAAGCGGAACAGUACCUACACCUUUAGUUGUAGGCUUAGGUGCUGCUUGUGAAUUGGCACAGCGAGAAAUGGCUUAUGAUCAUGCAUGGAUGGAAAAAUUAGCAAAAAGGUUUCUGGAUAAAAUUUAUUCAAAAUUGACCCAUGUUAUUAGGAAUGGUGAUCCGGAACAGUCCUAUCCAGGAUGUAUUAAUGUAUCAUUUGCAUAUGUUGAAGGUGAAUCAUUAUUAAUGGCAUUAAAGGAUGUGGCUUUAUCAAGUGGCUCAGCAUGUACCUCAGCAUCUCUGGAACCCUCAUAUGUUUUAAGAGCUAUUGGAACAGAUGAAGAUCUCGCACAUAGUUCAAUAAGGUUUGGAUUGGGAAGAUUUACCACUGUAGAAGAAGUGGAUUAUACAGUUGAAAAGACAAUUCAACACGUAGAAAGACUCCGAGAAAUGAGCCCGCUAUGGGAGAUGGUUCAAGAAGGUGUUGACAUAAAAACAAUUCAAUGGUCGCAGCACUAGAGCUUUCAUUAUCAUCAUUAUGAUAUUAGAAAAAGCAUCACACACAAAAAAUUUAAAAUCAUUACACGAAUAACAAAGAUCUGGCAAAUAUAGUAUAAAAAUACUAUUUAUAGUAUUGUAAAAAAAUACUAUUUAUAUUCCAAAAUAAAUAAUGUCAAACAUAUUAGGCCUUAAAAAAAAAAUUAAAAAAUAAAUAAAUGUGAUAAUAAAAGUACUCACAUAAAUCUUUAAAUUGUUUGUUAAUUCUAUCUAUUUUCACUUAAAUAUUUCAUGCAGUGCUCUUAUUGUUAAAUUGAAGUAUUAUCUUAAAGACGAGUAGCAAAAACAUUGAUUUUCUUUAAAAGAAAA